CGGUAUACCCUAACAUCUCUUUUCAAUUUCACCUAAUUUUUUUUCCCCGAAGAUCUCCUUCUCGUUGUGUCGGAACAACCUGCUUUAACGCAGGGAAGUGAAAAGAUGAGCAGCCGUUCUAGCAGGACCCUUUACGUUGGGAAUCUUCCUGGUGAUGUUCGCGAAAGGGAAGUAGAAGAUUUGUUUUACAAGUAUGGUCCUAUUGCCCAAAUUGAUCUGAAGAUUCCACCAAGGCCUCCUGGUUAUGCAUUUGUUGAGUUUGAAGAAGCUCGAGAUGCUGAAGAUGCCAUUCGUGGUCGGGAUGGCUAUGAUUUUGGAGGACAUCGUUUACGGGUUGAACUCGCUCAUGGUGGACGUGGCCAUUCAUCCCUAGACCGUGACCGUCACAGCAGUCAUGGUGGUCGUGGACCAUCUAGGCGUUCUGAAUAUCGUGUGUUAAUUACUGGAUUGCCAUCUUCUGCUUCAUGGCAGGACCUCAAGGAUCACAUGCGUCGAGCAGGGGAUAUUUGUUUUUCCCAAGUUUUCCGUGAUGGUAGUGGAACUACAGGGAUUGUGGAUUACACCAAUUAUGAUGAUAUGAAGUAUGCUAUUAAGAAACUUGAUGACUCUGAGUUUCGUAAUGCGUUUUCUCGUGCAUAUGUUCGGGUUAAGGAAUACGAUUCUAAGAGGGAUUCCUCUAGAAGCCCUAGUCGUGGUCGAUCUCUCUCAAGAAGCAGAAGUCGUAGCCGAAGCCGUGGUCGCAGCUAUAGCCGAAGCAGGAGCCGCAGCAAAUCUCCAAGAACAAAGACUGCACGCAAGUCACCUGUAAAGUCAAGAUCGAGGUCUCCUCACUCCCGAUCCGCUUCAAGGUCUUGCUCUCAUUCUAGAUAUGGAUAUAUGCAGCAAAGUGGGGAUUGGAUAUUGGGAUCUUGUGGGAAUAUGGUUCAAUUGCAUGCAACUCGUUUGGUUGCAGAGAUUGGGAACAAAGGAGACAAUGGACUACAUUUAUAGAGCUGGAAUUCUUUACAAGGAAUUGCAAUAGUAGAGCUGGAUUUUAGUGAAGUAAAUUCUCUUGGAUUUGCAACUCACCAUCACUGGGCGGUAGAAAUAUUUCACUGUCAAUUCAGCUCCGGAUAUUGCCAAGCUAAUAGGACAUGCUUGUGGAUUAUCUGGGAAUAAUAGGGGAGCAUGCUCAUUCUCUGUUACGCCACUGUUGAAAUAUGAAAAAUUAAUUCUUUUUAAGAAUUUCAUUUUGUUAGACCAGGUUUCUUUAAUUA